CUUACGCUGCCGAUGCUCUCCGAACAUCCAGCAUGAAUCUCAAUCCGGGGGGCAAGCAUCCUCACCAGUCUUUGCGUGGGCUCACAAAAGGAGUCAACAGUGUGUUGAUUGAACGCGCAGCAUGGGAUAAUGCCAUGCUAAUGACGUACGGUAAUGUCGUGUCGAUGCCACCCUUCCCUGAGCUGCUACGAUGUUGUGCUCGACACUGCCUUGCAUCUCAUGCUGACUUUCGAUUGUGGCUGCUGGUCAUGUGUGCUUGUUCUUCCCCAAGUGCCACUGCGACACUCAACUCCAUCGAGUCGUAUUGGGGUGCGGCAAAGCGACAGGCACGAUCCAACUCCGACUAA